AAUCGAUCAAAAUUGGAAAAUCACGCUUGAACUCGCACUUAUUGAAUUUCUUACUGAUACUCUUGAGUUUAGAUCGUGUAGGCCGAGACAUGGGAGUCUUCAAAUACCCAGAGGUUCGUCGCGAUGAGACGGUGGUUGAAGAAUAUCAUGGAACGAAGGUAGAAGAUCCUUACAGAUGGCUUGAAGAUCCAGAUUCUGAAGAGACCAAAGCCUUUGUUGAGGCUCAAAAUAAAAUCUCAGAACCAUUCCUGGAGAAGUGUCCAGUCAAAGAGAAGAUCAAGAAUAGAAUAACUGACAUAUGGGACUAUCCCAAAUAUGGCUGCCCCAGAAAACAUGGUGACCAUUUUUAUUAUUCUUACAACACUGGUCUACAGAACCAAAGUGUAACAUAUGUACAAGAUUCACUAGAAGCUGAAGCCAGAGUAUUUUUAGAUCCUAAUAAGCUAUCUGAAGAUGGUACCAUAUCCUUAAGAGGUUCAUCUUUUACAGAGGAUGGCUCUGUUUAUGCUUAUGGACUGAGUAAGAGUGGUUCAGAUUGGAUCUCAAUUCAUUUCAAGAAGGCGCCAAGCGGAGAAGAUCUACCUGAUGUCUUGGAGAGAUGUAAAUUUAGUUCCAUGGCUUGGAUGCAUGAUCAUACUGGAUUCUUUUACAAUAGUUACCCAGAACAAGAUGGUAAAACAGAUGGGACCGAGACCACAACUAAUUUACAUCAGAAAUUAUACUAUCAUAAACUAGGAACUAAACAAUCUGAUGACAUCCUGGUAGCUGAAUUUCCUGACCAUCCAAAAUGGAUGACUGGGUGUGAGAUCAGUGACUGUGGUAGAUAUAUAUUAAUCUAUGUUAGAGAGGGCUGUGAACCAGUCAAUAGAUUAUUCUAUGUUGAUAUACAGACACUGAAGAAUGGUAUUGAUGGUAAACUGCCUUAUGUUAAAGUGGUAGACAAUUUUGAUGCUGAAUAUGAAUAUAUUACCAAUGAGGGUACAGUGUUUACUUUUAAAACCAACCUGAAGGCGCCAAAAUACAAACUAAUCAACAUUGAUUUUAAUCAACCAGAAAUGGCUAAAUGGAGUACCUUAGUUGAAGAAGAUGAAAAAUCGGUUCUAGAAUGGGUUGGAUGUGUUAAUCAAAAUAAAUUGGUCUUGUGUUACUUAGAGGAUGUUAAGAACAAGCUGUAUAUCCAUGAUUUAGCACUAGGAACGAGGAAAGCUGAAUUACCACUAGAUGUUGGUACUAUUGUUGGUUACUCUGGACGCAAGAAGAAUACAGAGAUAUUUUACCAAUUCAUGUCGUUUCUGACACCUGGCAUAAUCUACAGAUGUGACAUGACAACAGACAACUAUAGCCCUAAGGUAUUCCGUGAAAUUAAUGUCAAAGAUUUUGAUGUCAGUGGAUUUGAGACCAAGCAGGUUUUCUACCCCAGCAAGGACGGCACCAAAAUACCGAUGUUUAUCGUUCAUAAAAAGGGUCUAAAUUUAGAUGGAAGUCAUCCAGUUCUGCUGUAUGGUUAUGGUGGAUUUAGUGUAUCUAUCAGUCCAACAUUCUCACCAUCCAGAUUGGUACUUCUACAGCAUCUUAAUGUGGUUUAUGCCUUGGCUAAUAUCAGAGGUGGAGGAGAGUACGGGGAAACAUGGCAUAAAGCUGGUUGCCUUGGUAACAAACAAAAUGGCUUCGAUGAUUUCCAGUCUGCUGCUCAAUAUUUGAUUGACAACAAGUAUACUUCUCCUAAUAGAAUAGCUAUACAAGGUGGUUCCAAUGGAGGUCUGUUGGUAGCAGCAUGUUCCAACCAGAGACCUGAUUUAUUCGGGGCAGCCAUUGGUCAAGUUGGGGUACUGGAUAUGUUGCGGUUCCACAAGUUUACCAUUGGUCACGCUUGGACAACAGAUUACGGCUGUUCAGAUAAACCAGAAGAUUUUCAGUGGCUUUAUAAAUAUUCGCCGCUACACAAUAUUAAUGUUCCAGAUGGAAACAUACAGUAUCCCUCCAUGUUACUGCUGACCGGUGACCAUGACGAUAGAGUUGUCCCCCUUCAUUCAUUAAAAUAUAUAGCGGAGGUACAACGUAAGGUUGGCUCUACAGAGAAACAGAAAAAUCCUUUAAUAAUAAGGAUAGAUACAAAAUCUGGACAUGGAGCUGGAAAACCAACCAAGAAAGUUAUUGAAGAAGUGACAGAUAUAUACAGUUUCCUAUACACAACACUCAACUUGGAAUGGAAGAAUUAAAGGGAGAUAACUCUCAUCAAAAGAGUGCUACACAUUUCACAUUUAAACCUAUUGUAAACUAGCAAUUAUACAUAUACUCAUUGCCAUUGAUCUUCUCAAAUAAAAUCUUGCAUAAAUG